UUGCCCCUGAGCGUGAGGGACGUCCGGAUAAUGCCCAACCUCAACUCCUCCUACCUGCCCAUGAUGCCCGACGGCUCGGUCAUGCUGGUGGACAACGUGUGCCACCAGUCAGAAGAGGUAGGCAUGGCCUCCUUCUGCAAGAUGGAGAGCGCCACCUCCAGUUUACCCAGCAUGCUCAGCACUCUGGAGGAACACGACUUCCUGUUUCAGCUGCACCUGAACGACUGUCCACAGGAUGACUCCAAAGAGGGGCUUGAGGUUCCCCUGGUCGCUGUGCUGCAGUGGUCCACGGCCAAGAUGCCUUUCACCAACUGUAUCUACACCCACUACAGGUUACCCAGCCUCCGCCUGGACCGCCCUCGCUUCGUGAUGACGGCCAGCUGCCCGAGCUCCGUCAGGGUGAAGGAGCACUUCAGGGUCAAGUACGUCCUGCUCAACAACCUGCAGGACUUCCUCGCCGUGAGACUGGUCUGGACACCGGACGGCCGGGGUCACUGUGAUGAUGCGGACCUGAGCGCCGUGGUGUGCCACACCCCCCUGAGUAACCUGGGCCACUGCCGCCGGGGCAGCACCCUGUCCUUCACCGUGGCCUUCCAGAUCCUCAAGCCCGGCCUGUACGAGCUGAGUCAGCACAUGAAGCUGAAGCUGCAGUUCACCGCCUCAGUGACCAACCCGCCCCCUGACGCCCGCCCACUCUCACGGAAGAACAGCCCCUCCAGCCCGGCGGUGAGGGACCUGCUGGACCGCCACCAGGCCAGCCUGGGCCGCUCGCAGUCCUUCUCCCACCAGCAGCCGUCCCGCUCACACAUCAUGAGGACGGGCAGUGCCAUGGAGCGGCGCGCUAUAACCCCUCCUGUGGGCUCCCCCGUGGGGAGACCGCUGUACCUGCCCCCCCCAGACAAGGCGCUGCUCUCCCUGGACAAGAUCGCCAAGAGAGAGUGCAAGGUUCUGGUGCUGGAGCCCAUCUGCUGAGAGACGGACGGGGAGAGGAGGAGAGCGCUACAGCGAGAGAGAGAGACGGGGAAACAGGAGUUAAACAGGAAGUAGAUUGAGGGACCGAAGGCAAAAUAGCAGAAUACGUAUCAUCAAGUACAAAGUGUACACAAGUAACUGCUAGGUGGGGAAACUAGACAAAAGGUCAUAUUGAGUUGGUUUAACACAAGAGAACAGGAGAUGACAUCUAGGGAUUCAGCAAAGUGUUGUUGAACAGGUCAGUCCUUAGCUAAAGACUGUCCAACGGGACAGUCCUUAACUAAAGAGUGUUCAAUGGGACAGUCCUUAACUAAAGACUGUUCAACGGGACAGUCCUUAACUAAAGACUGUUUAACAGGACAGUCCUUAACUAAAGACUGUCCAAUAGGACAGUCCUUAACUAAAGACUGUUUAACAGGACAGUCCUUAACUAAAGACUGUCCAAUAGGACAGUCCUUAACUUAAGACAAAGGCUGUGUCUCAAUGUUGAGGAGGCUUCCUAUAACCUCAGGACCUAUAAAGGGAAAGUCUUUGUUAAGUAGCUACUUUGUGAAAGUACUUGAAUGAGGCUGCAGAUUAGCAGCACCUGACAACCCAAAAAGUCACUUUGGCCGUUUGUGUCUAUUUACUGAAGGUCCAGGUCCCUAUGCUAGCUGUUCAUAUACAGUUGUCUUGAAAUAAUGAAGACACAUUAACCCGACAGACAUGUUCAAUUGGCAAAUAGGUAAUCAUGCCUUGACGUGAUAAUUGGGAUAAUUUAAAAGACAAAUUCCUUGUGCCGCAUGGUCUCAUGGGAUAUCCUCCACCGACCGAGUAGCCUUCCCAUGCUUCCUUGAAGCUUGCCCUAACUAGGCACCUAGUUAGGAUGUUUCCUCUGCUUCUUACUGUAUUGGAAUAUACGUCGCAACUCAGCAACUCAGACACAGAGAAAGUGUGGGCUACCCUUUCCGAGCUGCUGCUCACCAGCAUGAAGGAGAACCAUCAAGUGAGCUCAGGAGAUUGACCAGUUCCUAACGCUGGUCCCCCCUGAAUCCAGACAUCCCUAGGACAUGAGAAGGCUCUGAGAACACAUUUUGUAGAAGGUGUCUUGAUCGGCCCCAACCCAGAAGACAUCCACUAAUUAGUAGAACACUGUGAUCCACUAAUUAGUAAAACACUGUGAUCCACUAAUUAGUAGAACACUGUGAUCCACUAAUUAGUAAAACACUAUUAUCCACUAAUUAUGAAACACUAUGGAUAGAUUGAAACAGCCAAAUCAAUGUUGAACAUUCAGCAACAAGAGGCAUGAGAUAAUAUUUUUUUUAUUAAUUAAUUGAAUCAUGUAUUUACUCGUAUUAUUAUUUAUAUAUUUAUUUAUAUUAUACUUUAUUUAUUAAUAAACAAUCAUUAUAGAGAACUGCUUAACUUUAUUUUGUGAGAUUUUGUAGGAUUUCUGAAGGUGAGCUGAGGGUUUAAAUGGCCGCCUUUUACAACCUUUGAUGUCUUUCAGAAAGUAUUGAGGGUAACAUACAUGGUGAACGACAUGCUUGUGUUACAGAUGUAUUAUUAAGCUGGAUUUGACUCUCUAAAGCUCUUGUGUACUGUCCAUGAGAGCUGCCACCACCUUACUGGCAAGUGGCAACAUAACAUAAUUGACAUGUUAUGCCAAUAGGAGGUCAAAGUAUUGUACUUUGUGCAGCAUUCAAUAGUG